AUUGCAUCAGAAAAGAAAAAGAGUUAGUGUGAGUGAAAACGGUGUUACUCCUCUCUGGGAACGGUGGGGGAUAUUUUAUUGCCAAAAUCUGAAGCCUGAAGUCUUGUAGAAGAUUUUGCGGAUUAAUUUACAAACACACACACACGCCGGACCCAUGACCAAAGUUUGACGUGACGUGACGUGACGUAACGAGGUUUUUUUUGUUUUAUUUAGGGAAAAUAAAUAACUAACCCCCAAAAAACUCAUUUGUCGCCAUGCCUCCAUUAAGGAAAACGAGGAAGCCUGAUAUUAAGAUGGUCAUUCUGGGGGACAUGAAUGUGGGGAAGACGUCUCUUCUCCACAGAUACACGGAGAGGGGCUUUAAAGACACGCUGAGCACAGUCGGAGGAGCUUUCUUCCUCAAGCAAUGGGGACCCUAUAACAUCUCCAUUUGGGACACGGCAGGUCGUGAGCAGUUCCAUGGCCUGGGCUCCAUGUACUGUCGUGGUGCGGCGGCCAUCAUCCUGACAUAUGAUGUGACUAGCUGGCAGAGCUUGAUGCAGCUUGAGGAACGGUUCCUGACGCUUACAGACUCUGCCAACAGUGACUGUGUUUUCGCCGUCGUAGGCAACAAGGCUGAUCUGACCGACCCAUGUGCCCAGGUCAUAACCACUGAAGACACUCCAGCAGGCCUCACCCCCCCACACACACCUACUGUGUACAAGCAGGUGGCCCAGGAGGAUGCUGUGGCGCUCUACAACCGCAUAAUUCAUUACAAGGCGCUUGACUCACACACACUCCCGCCUCCUGAGGAUAUGUGCUUCGAGACAAGUGCAAAGACAGGCUACAACGUAGAUGCAGUGUUUGAGACGCUGUUUGAGCUGCUGCUACCAUCCUUCAUCAAAAACCAGGCACUAACACAGACAGAGUCACCCACUGUGUGUUUGGAGGACUGUCAGGAAGAAGAGAAGAAGAAAAGUGAAUGCUGUGUGUAAAGAACAGGACUAAAAUCGGUGUUUAUUUUCGGUCAUCAAGGUUUCUAUGAAUAAUUAAUAGUAGUCAAUCAAAGUGACAACAUAUAAAUCUUGCCAGUGAAGAGUGACAAAAAGUCUGUUAAGAUUAUAACCAAACCCCAGCUGCCUUGACCUCAUGCUGCUCUAGCUUGGCUAAAAUUACAUGAAAACCAUGACAACUGACCUCAGUCCUGCACCUGUCGGUUUGUGUUUUUAUCAUGUGGAUCACUUUUUCUGAGACCUACGCUUGAGACGUUGGAAGAGUUUUUGGGGAAGUUGAAGCCCUAAAGAGUGAUGUCUGUGAGGAAGAGAUUUUGGCCUCUCUACAUUGAUCGACAUUAUUACAAUCCAAGAACUGCUGAUCUUAGAUCAGCCUUAAAAGGGCCACAAUGUUACUCUGGUUUGUGUCAAGACAAUUCUGUGUUCACAUUAAUAUGUACUGAUAAGUUUGUUCUUUACCCACUCAGCCUCAAGUGAUUAUACUCUGCAGCAGGUUCUACAGUGGCACUUACAGGCUUGGAUGUGUGCAAAACACACUUAAGGUGGACACAAAUCUGUUUUAGCACAGACUUAUUUGGACCAAGUCCAAAUACUCACGUGCUAACCCUUGAAUUUUUCUGUUCUUUUUUUUUUUUAUAAUUUUUAUUUCAUGAACUAUACUGUGAACAUGAUUGAAAAGGAUUUUACACAUUUGCAAUGAAUGUAAUAUAAAUUAAAAUAAAGGCUGGUUAAAUUAUUUUUUUACUUAA